CCCUCGAGGGCACAUGAUGUCGUUACCUUUCUAUCAGAGGUCCCACCAGCACUAUGAUCUCAGCUACCGCAACAAGGACCUUCGCACCACCAUGAGCCAGUACCAGCAGGAGAAGAAGCGAUCGGCCAUCUACACCCACGGCUCCACCGCCUACAGCAGUCGGUCCUCGGCGGCUCACCGCCAGGAGUCGCAGGCCUCCAUCCAGGCCUCGGCCUCCUCCUACCAGCAGCAAGCCUCUCAGGCCUCCCAUCUUGGAAGCUCGCAGUUCUCCCUGGACUCCCAAGUCAGUCGGAAGGCAGCCUCAGCCUACGAUUAUGGCUACUCCCACGGGCUUACAGAUUCCAGUCUGCUGUUAGAUGAUUAUUCAUCCAAGUUGAGCCCCAAAACCAAGAGAGCCAAGCAGAGCCUUCUGUCUCGGGAGGAGAAGGAAAAUCUGCCAAGUGACUACAUGGUGCCUAUAUUCUCUGGACGCCAAGUACAUGUCAGUGGAAUUACAGAUACGGAAGAAGAAAGAAUUAAAGAAGCUGCUGCUUAUAUAGCCCAGAGGAAUCUUCUCGCUAGUGAGGAAGGAAUCACAGCAUCCAAACAGUCCACGGCAUCUAAACAGUCCACAGUGUCCAAACAGGCCACGUCCACCCUUCAACAAGAGGAAACUUUUGAAAAGAAGUCAAGGAAAGUUGCAAUUCGAGAAAAGGCAGAGCGCCUGUCACUGAGAAAAACAUUAGAAGAAACCCAGGCAUAUCAUGAUAAGUUGAAUGAAGACCAUCUUCUCCAUGCUCCUGAGUUUAUUAUUAAGCCUCGUUCCCACACGGUUUGGGAGAAAGAGAAUGUAAAAUUACACUGCUCUGUAGCCGGCUGGCCAGAACCUCGUGUCACAUGGUAUAAAAAUCAGGUGCCAAUAAAUGUCCAUGCAAACCCUGGAAAGUAUAUUAUUGAAAGUCGAUAUGGAAUGCACACUCUGGAGAUCAACACAUGUGAUUUUGAAGACACGGCUCAGUACCGGGCCUCAGCGAUGAACGUUAAAGGAGAGCUUUCAGCAUAUGCAUCAGUUGUGGUAAAGAGAUAUAAAGGAGAGUUUGAUGAGACUCGCUUCCAUGCUGGGGCUUCUACCAUGCCCCUCAGCUUUGCUGUAACCCCUUACGGUUAUGCAUCCAAGUUUGAGAUCCACUUUGAUGACAAAUUCGAUGUGUCUUUUGGGAGAGAGGGAGAGACAAUGAGUCUGGGCUGUCGGGUAGUCAUCACUCCUGAAAUUAAACAUUUCCAGCCAGAGGUCCAGUGGUACAGAAAUGGAGCACCUAUUUCUCCAUCAAAAUGGGUGCAAACACACUGGAGUGGAGAUCGGGCAACGCUGACAUUUUCUCAUCUCAACAAAGAAGAUGAAGGCCUUUAUACAAUCCGUGUUCGAAUGGGAGAAUAUUAUGAACAAUAUAGCGCUUAUGUCUUUGUUCGAGAUGCUGAUGCAGAGAUUGAAGGAGCCCCUGCCUCACCCUUGGAUGUGGUGUGCUUGGAUGCCAACAAAGACUACAUCAUCAUCUCUUGGAAGCAGCCAGCUGUAGAUGGAGGGAGCCCUAUCCUGGGAUAUUUUAUUGAUAAAUGUGAGGUGGGCACAGAUUGCUGGUCUCAAUGCAACGACACACCUGUGAAGUUUGCUCGUUUUCCAGUCACUGGAUUGAUAGAAGGUCGUUCCUAUAUAUUCCGAGUUAGAGCUGUGAAUAAAACUGGAAUAGGCCUUCCAUCUCGAGUUUCUGAGCCUGUGGCUGCACUGGAUCCCGCUGAGAAAGCUAGACUUAAAAGUCGCCCUUCAGCACCCUGGACUGGACAGAUCAUUGUCACUGAAGAGGAACCUACAGAGGGUAUUAUUCCCGGGCCUCCCACCAACCUCUCUGUCACUGAGGCCACCAGGAGCUACGUGGUACUAAGCUGGAAGCCCCCUGGCCAGCGUGGCCAUGAGGGCAUCAUGUACUUUGUGGAAAAGUGUGACGCGGGAACAGAAAACUGGCAGCGGGUGAACACAGAACUCCCAGUGAAGUCUCCACGCUUUGCCCUCUUCGACUUGGCCGAGGGGAAAUCCUACCGCUUCAGAGUGCGCUGCUCCAACUCUGCAGGAGUUGGGGAACCCUCAGAGGCGACGGAAGUGACUGUGGUAGGGGACAAACUUGAUAUCCCCAAGCCCCCUGGCAAAAUCAUCCCAAGCAGAAACACAGACACCUCAGUGGUGGUUUCCUGGGAGGAGUCCAAAGAUGCCCAAGAGCUGGUCGGAUACUACAUCGAGUCAAGCAUCGUUGGCUCUGGCAAGUGGGAGCCCUGCAACAACAACCCUGUAAAGGGCUCACGAUUUACCUGUCAUGGAUUGGUGACUGGUCAGAGUUAUAUUUUCCGGGUCAGAGCAGUUAAUGCAGCUGGACUUAGUGAAUAUUCCCAGGAUUCAGAAGCUAUUGAAGUCAAAGCUGCUAUUGGGGGAGGAGUGUCUCCAGAGGUGUGGCCUGAACUGAGUGAUGCACCUGAUGGACUAACAGACUCCAGGGGGGGCGUGCAUGGAGCCUCCCCACCAACCUUGCAGAAAGCUGCUUUGCCCAGUAGCAAACCUAACAAACCUUCACCACCCAGUAGCCCUUCCAGCCUGGGCCAAACAGAAGUGAGUAAAGUAAGUGAAACAGUUCAGGAAGAGCUGUCCCCACCACCACAGAAGGCAGCUCCCAAGGGGCAAAGUCAGUCUGACCCCCAGAAAAGGAAGAAGGACCUCGUAGCGGCACCAUCUCCACCUUAUGACAUCACCUGUCUUGAAAGUUUUCGUGACUCGAUGGUUCUUGGAUGGAAGCAACCAGAUAAGACUGGAGGGGCAGAAAUUACUGGAUAUUACGUGAACUAUCGUGAGGUAAUUGGUGGGGUACCAGGAAAAUGGAGAGAAGCCAACAUCAAGGCUGUCAGUGACGAGGCAUACAAGAUUAGCAACUUGAAGGAAAACAUGGUGUAUCAGUUCCAAGUGGCCGCAAUGAAUAUCGCUGGACUGGGAGCACCCUCAGCAGUUAGCGAAAGUUUCAAGUGUGAAGAGUGGACCAUUGCCGUUCCAGGACCACCUCACAGUCUUAAGUAUAGUGAAGUCAGGAAAAACUCGCUGGUUCUGCAGUGGAAGCCUCCUGUCCACUCUGGACGGACCCCAGUCACCGGUUACUUUGUGGACAUUAAGGAGACCAAUGCCAAAGAUGACCAAUGGCGAGGACUCAAUGAGGCAGCCAUUAAAAACAAAUACCUGAAGGUACAAGGCCUCAAGGAGGGCGUCAGCUAUGUGUUCCGUGUCCGAGCCAUCAACCAGGCUGGUGUUGGCAAGCCAUCUGACCUCGCUGGCCCCGUUGUGGCAGAGACCCGUCCAGGAACCAAAGAAGUUGUUGUAAAUGUGGAUGAUGAUGGAGUCAUUUCAUUGAACUUUGAAUGUGAUCAGAUGACUCCAAAGUCAGAAUUCACCUGGUCCAAAGAUUACAUAUCCACUGAGGACUCUCCACGAUUAGAAGUUGAAAGCAAAGGCAACAAGACAAAAUUGACCUUUAAAGACCUCGGGAUGGAUGACUUGGGCAUUUACUCCUGUGAUGUAACAGAUACUGACGGGAUAGCAUCAAGCUACGUAAUAGAUGAGGAAGAAUUGAAACGUUUACUUGCUCUCAGCCACGAGCACAAGUUCCCAACUGUCCCAGCUAAAUCAGAGUUGGCCGUUGAAAUUUUGGAGAAAGGUCAGGUCCGGUUUUGGAUGCAGGCUGAGAAGCUCUCUGGCAAUGCCAAAGUCAACUACAUAUUUAAUGAGAAGGAAAUUUUUGAAGGGCCGAAAUACAAGAUGCAUAUUGACCGAAACACUGGCAUAAUUGAAAUGUUCAUGGAAAAGCUGCAGGACGAAGAUGAGGGAACGUAUACGUUCCAGAUUCAAGAUGGGAAAGCGACUGGCCAUUCUACUCUUGUCCUCAUUGGAGAUGUUUAUAAAAAGCUCCAGAAAGAAGCUGAAUUCCAGCGACAAGAAUGGAUCAGGAAACAAGGUCCACAUUUUGCUGAGUAUUUGAGUUGGGAAGUGACAGGUGAAUGUAAUGUACUGUUGAAAUGCAAGGUGGCAAAUAUUAAGAAGGAGACUCACAUCAUUUGGUACAAAGAUGAGAGGGAGAUAUCAGUGGAUGAAAAGCAUGACUUUAAGGAUGGUAUAUGCACGCUGCUUAUAACAGAGUUUUCCAAGAAGGAUGCUGGAUUUUAUGAAGUUAUCCUAAAAGAUGAUCGAGGAAAAGAUAAGAGCAGAUUGAAGCUUGUGGAUGAAGCCUUCAAUGAACUGAUGACUGAAGUAUGCAGGAAAAUAGCUUUGUCUGCUACUGACCUGAAAAUCCAGAGCACAGCCGAGGGCAUCCGACUGUACUCUUUUGUUACUUACUACCUGGAUGAUUUGAAAGUUAACUGGUCCCACAAUGGGGCUGGUAUUAAGUACACAGACAGAGUUAAGAGCGGGGUCACCGGGGAGCAAAUCUGGCUACAAAUCAAUGAGCCCACUCCAAAUGACAAAGGAAAAUAUGUAAUGGAACUCUUUGAUGGUAAAACUGGACACCAGAAGACAGUGGAUCUUUCUGGACAAGCAUAUGAUGAAGCCUUUGCUGAGUUCCAGAGGUUGAAACAAGCUGCCAUUGCCGAGAAAAAUCGUGCCCGGGUGCUGGGCGGUCUCCCUGAUGUGGUCACCAUCCAGGAGGGCAAGGCCCUUAAUCUCACUUGCAAUGUGUGGGGUGACCCAACUCCAGAGGUCUCCUGGCUGAAGAAUGAGAAGUCGCUGGCCUCAGAUGACCACUGCAACCUCAGGUUCGAGGCCGGCAAGACUGCCUACUUCACCAUCUCAGGUGUGAGCACGGCCGACUCGGGCAAGUACGGGCUGGUGGUGAAGAACAAGUACGGCACCGAGACAAGCGACUUCACGGUCAGCGUGUUCAUCCCAGAGGAGGAGGCAAGGAAGGUCGCAUUGGAAUCCCAGAAAGGCAACCAGAAGUCCUCCCAGAAGUCCAAGUGAAUGGAGAUUGGGCUGAGGGGUGCAGGGGGUGCCAAGACCAGUUGAGCCGACGGGGCUGCUUGUGUGUGAGUGGUUUGG